UGUGGUGUAAGAAAAUUGUGUCGGACUUUCGUUCUUGUUGGUCUUGUGUUGUAUUCAAUUCAAAUAAUUGUAUUCUAAAAUUUUUCGUUUCCUUUCAUGGCGUAUGCCAAAGCUAAAUCUACAUUAAGUGAAUUUUAAUUACAAUUCCAUUUUGUUUCGAAGUGCACAAAUAAUCAAAAUGUGUGGUGGUUUCACUUGUUCCAAAAACGCUUUGAUUGCGUUAAAUGUCCUUUAUGUGGUGGUGGCUUCUAUUCUUAUAUCCGUUGCAGUAUACGGACAAGCAUCGUCCCUGGUGACAAAUUUACCCAUAGUGGGCGGGAUUCUUGCUUGUGGAGUGUUCUUAAUAUUAAUUUCCUUGUUGGGAUUGGCUGGAGCGGUCAAACACCAUCAAGUUAUGCUCUUUUUUUACAUGGUGAUACUGUUUCUUCUAUUUCUUGUUCAAUUUUCUGUAGCUUGUGCCUGCCUUGCUGUAAAUUCUGAUCAGCAAGAGAUGCUAGCUCAACAGGGAUGGAACAAAGUUAACAUGGAUGUAAAGGAGCAAGUGCAGGAGAGGUUCCAAUGCUGCGGUUUCCAAGAUAGAUUGAUUCCUGCAAACGGUACAGCUGAUUAUCCCUCGUGUGAUAUUGUUGAUAGGAUCUGUUGCAAGAAUAUGGUGAUUUCACCUCAUUGUCAAUGUGAGCCAUGCAUGGAGACAUUAAAAGAGAGAAUUGAUUAUGCAUUCAAGCUUUGCGGUGGAAUUGGACUAUUCUUCAGUUUCACAGAGUUAUUCGCUGUUUGGCUUGCCCGACGUUACCGUAACCAGCCUGACCCCAGCUACAAGGAACCGCAUGCAAUCUUCCCGAGAAAAAACUAUUUGUACUGAUACAAUUGUAGACAUUUUUUUUUUUCAUAGGCUGUACCGUUGUGUUCACAUGACUGGUUUAGAAUUAAUAUGUGAUAAUAUAAUAAUUAUCUUUUAGGAAAAAAAAUAUUAAUUUGACCU